AUGCCAGAACGUGGGGAAAUUCAGGCUGGACAAAGGGGAGGAGCCCUUCCUGUCGAAGAACGUGAGGCCCCAGCUCAGCCAGAAGGCCCUGCACCAGUUCAGAUCCAACAGAACCAGCCAGAACCUCACCUUAUUCCACAGGAUCAACCUUUGGCACUUCUGCCUAAGCCACCAGCAGUGUUGCCUUAUAGACCCAGAAGGAUGGAUCCCAAUCCAUUCCCUCCACCUACAAGAGGCAGAAGAGGCGGAAGGGGUAAUAACAUUUUUGCCAACAAUGACAAGAACAGGCUGGGGGCAAACUGGAGGAACAAUCCAGAUUUGAAAGAACAGGAAGAACACAAGGAGGAAGUUCUGCCCAGGCCAUACAGAGCGGAGCCCAGGAUUGAUCACGCCCAGCCAGAACAUGGGAUGAUCAGAGAGAUGAUGGAGCCUGAAGCCAGAAGAGGAGAAAGGCCCACCUAUAGGAAGCCAUAUCCGGCUUAUAUCGAUCAAAUACCUCUAUCCCCGGGUUUUAAGGUGCCAAACUUCACCUUAUUCAACGGAGAGGAUCCCCAUGCUUCAUCAGUUGAGCACAUAGGCAGGUUCUCUGUCCAGUGCAUAGCCAUAGAGAACAAUCCUCUUUUGAAGUUGAGGCUUUUGGGAAUUCUCUCUCUGGACAAGCUUUUACUUGGUACACCAACCUGCCAGCUAAUUCUGUUCAAACCUGGGAGCAGAUGGAAAGUGUUUUCCACGACUAUUAUUACAGGAUUCAGCCAGAAGUCACCAUCAGUGACCUUGCUGCCCUCAAACAGAGUGAAGAUGAACCUGCUCAAGACUUCAUAA